AAACCAUCUGAUCCAAUUACAAAUACCAAAUCAAAGUCUGGUCCGGUUUUUGAUUCAAAAAACAUUAUUAGCAAACGCUUUUACAGAAUUCAGACAAAGAAACAAAAGAAGCAUCGAUGGAGAUAGCCGCCACGAGCACUCUCACUCUCACUCUUGCGCCACCGCACUCUUCUCGAUUAUCACAUACCUUCUCCAGAUCGUUACCUUCUCUCCGCUUCAACCCCUCCGGGAGGAGAAACUUCUCCUUCAAAAGCACAAACCUUCGCGUCUCCAUGAGCGCCUUCGCCGCCGAGAAACUCUCGCCGGAAAGCUUCCUCGAUAAAAAGGAAACCGGAAUCCUCCACUUCGUCAAGUACCACGGCCUUGGAAACGAUUUCAUUUUGGUGGAUAAUAGGGACUCGUCGGAGCCUAAGAUUACUCAGGAGCAAGCUGCGAAGCUCUGUGAUCGGAACUUCGGUGUUGGUGCUGAUGGAGUCAUCUUUGCGAUGGCUGGUGUUAAUGGCGCUGGUUAUACUAUGAGGAUAUUUAACUCAGAUGGUAGUGAACCAGAGAUGUGUGGCAAUGGAAUUAGAUGUUUUGCUAAAUUCAUUGCUGAGAUUGAGAAUCUACAGGGAAACCACAGUUUUACAAUACAUACUGGUGCUGGUCUCAUCAUUCCAGAGAUUCAAGAUGAUGGGCAGGUUAAGGUUGAUAUGGGGGAACCGAUUCUUAGAGCAGAGGAUGUGCCUACGAGGUUGCAAGGGAACAAAGGUGAGUCUGUUGUUGCGGCUGAGCUGGUAGUUGAUGGAGUAAGCUGGAGUGUGACGUGUGUAAGCAUGGGAAACCCUCACUGUAUCACAUUUGGCACUAAGGACGGUCAGGAGCUGAGAGUUGAUGAGCUGAAAUUGUCAGAGAUUGGUCCUAAGUUCGAGCACCAUGAGAUGUUCCCAGCUCGAACUAACACAGAAUUCGUGGAGGUCUUGUCACGUUCACAUUUAAAAAUGCGUGUCUGGGAGCGUGGAGCAGGAGCAACAUUGGCUUGUGGAACAGGAGCUUGUGCUCUGGUUGUUGCAGCAGUACUUGAAGGUCGAACAGACAGGAAAUGCACGGUGGAUCUACCUGGUGGGCCGUUGGAGAUAGAGUGGAAAGAGGAAGACAAUCAUAUUUAUAUGACGGGUCCUGCUGAUUUGGUGUUCUACGGUUCAGCUCUUCUCUAAUGGAGGAGUUAGUUAUUGUGAUCUUCGGUCUUGAUAUACUUUCUUGAACUCUGCAUUGUGUAUCAUGGAGAUGACAUGUAACAUGUGAUGACACUUCUUUUUUAUUGAAAUUGUGUUUCCCUUUUGUUACAAAAGAUUUCUCUAUGGUUUGGUAUAAAGUAUAAACACACCAUAGUGUUAUGUAUUUCUUAAAACGAAACCAAUUUUUCCAUUUCUUGUUAAACUUUAACUAA